UUGAGCGAAAAGUUGCUUGUUGGGGAUGGGCGAAUAGAGUUUCGUUUCUCGAAUUGUUGAUUCUUGAGAAAAACUGUGUUUAAAAAAAAAAAAAAACUUUACAAGUUACAUGUUUUUGAUGAUGAAAAGACAAUUUGGAAUACCUGUUGAAAGUAUAGCUUUUUUAUAAGAAAAAGGUGUAUCCCUUGAAACGGAUUAUCAUUUGAAGACGAAAUGCAAAUGGUUCUGAAUCUUAAAUUCCAUUUGAAGUAAAGAAAUAGUGGAGCACUGGCCAAGAAAUGCCCCGAAACCGUUAUGCUUGCAUCACAGGGCUAAAAUCAUGGUGUUUUCUACUUGUAAUAUGCGUGGGGAACUGUUUGCCUGAUGGUGAUCUGUGCAAAUGGAUGAACGGUCGCAAAUACUACAUAGACGUUGGCGAAUCCGGCAUCAUCAGCGUCGAGAAUGCCACCAGCCUCACGAAGGUGCUGGACCCGGCAGUGGCCAACAGCCAACCCCAAAUUCCACAGCGAUGCAGCGUGGAACUCAUUACCUGUCCUUCCUGCCACCUGGAGAUCACGAUCCAGAAACUUGCCAUACCCACCUGUUCCAAUGAUAAGACGUGCAGGUGCGAUUUCUUGUGGAUUAAAGAAUCGGCUUACAGUAAAUCCGGCCGUGAAUACUGCGGAUUCAAAGAGAACGGAUCCCUCGAUCUAGUGUACGAAUCUAAAACAAAGCUAGUCUCUGUCGAUUUUUUAUACAGUGGAAACUACAAAGAGGCUUUUAGUUUACACUUUAGUGCCAAAAAAAAUGUGUACAUUUACAAAGGUGGCUUCGAAUACUACCAGGGGAACAGUUCCGGUGUGAUCAAGUCCCCCAACUUCCCCGGCGGAUACCCGAGCGAUUACAGCGCAGAGUUCAUCCUGCAGAAUGUCGACCUCACGGGGUUCGUGCAGCUCAUCUUCACCGAUUUCCAGCUAUCUCUCUGGUCGUACAUAGAAAUCUUUGACAGCAAUGGAACGCGCAUCGACGUGUACAACGGGAAUACGUUUCGACCUCCUGCCAUCAUCUCGUCCGGCCCCACGCUCACCGUCAAGUUCCAGGCGAACGACGAGUAUCCGAGCACGGGGUUCCAGGCCAAAUAUACUUUUGUCAGCUACCUGGAGAAAUACUGGAUCAAUAGGCCAUCUACUGAUUGCGGCGGUUUCGUGGAGGAUUUUGGCGGUGCCAUCACCAUGAUGAACAUGGUUCCAAGCAAUACACUGCGGGCCUUCGACUGCAUCUGGCUCAUCAGACCCAGGAACUCGCAUAUCCCGGAGACGCAGGUCUCCAUCAGGGUGGCGCAGUUCGAAGAAAUGGGUCCCAAGUCCACUCUGACCAUCCGCCAGGGCCAGCAUUCAGAUGCUCCACUGCUCGAAUCAGUGACCACCUUCCAACACCACAAAAUGCCCAGGGGCCAAGAGUUCGUGGUGCCCGCAACCAGUGGCUUCUACAUACGCCUCAUAGGCUACUUCACCAACAAAUCGCACCUCGCCAUCAUCUACACUACUUUCAGAUAUGAAGGUUGUUAUGGUGCAGCAGAUUUCGAGUGCGAAAAUGGCCGCUGCAUCAAGAGCGCCCUGAGAUGCGAUGGCUUUAAUCACUGUGGAGACGGUUCGGAUGAAGCAUCGUGCUAUGGUGUGAAUCCCGGCACGGCCAUCCCCGAAGAUGCCAACUGGUGGCGAACCCUGACUCCGAACUACUAUUUCCCAAAACCAGAGUCCGGUUCUGGCGCGGGCACCAAUACCCUGAUCCUGGUGACGAGCCUGGCAGGUCUGGGCAUGUUCGUGCUCACCACAAUCAUGAUCCUGGUGAAGCUGCACCGACAGAGGCACGAAGACAGCAUCAGUAGGGAGAUACUGCAUACGGUCAGCGGAGAUCUAGAUAUGGAGAACUCACCUAAUCACCAGGGCGGAUCCGAUCUGCCACUUUACGACCCACCCCCUUCAUAUGAAGACGUCAUCAAGCUGUACCUGCCACCCCCGCCGCCGUAUAGUACCAUCAACCGUGCGCAAGCUAGACCGACUCGUUCACGAACAAGCGGAGUGGAUAACAGAGGGUACAGAAAUGACAGUCCAGGAGGUGUGCGCGUCCACACCAGACGAUCUCGAGGAUCCCACCAAUCUAGAAUAGCACCCCAAGACAAUCUCCACCCACUCAUCUUAAAAGUAUCAUUACCGGAGGAAAACUUGGGCAUUCCAAUCUUAGCCUCAAGAAAUAACAAUGUUUGUGAUACAAUAGUAGGGUCCAGUCCAAAUGCAUUGACUUUAACAAGAGUCUCCGAACAGGAUUCAAACGGCGGCGAAUCGACAAGUGUAAAAAUCGAUAGUGGUCAAGAAAACGAAGAAAAGAGCGGUAUUACUACACUUGGAACAUCCAAACAGUCAAAUUCUAGUCUAGCUAGUCCAGCAAGAACUGCUGGGUUGGAAAACGACAAUGCGGAGUCCUGUGAAUGUGAAGGAGCUUGUUCUUGCAAGCUAAUCAGUAAGAAAAAGCAAAUUGCCAUAUCCCGCUGCAGUAGCGAAAGCAGGGCACCUAAUGGCAGUGCUGGUAAUAGCAACUCGCAUUUCCUCAAGUCAGAUAAGGCAGCUAUUUCCAAAAAGCGAAGUUUCAAAGACAUGAUGCAGAAAGGAAUAAACAGAGCUUCUCCAAGUGCAAUAAUCCCGCAUCCAGCCUCUAUGACCAUUACGAUGCUGCCACCAAGGUCAAAGAGGGACGACGGUCACACCAAAUCCAAAAGUGUUGGCCCGUCAUCGCCAAUGGAGGUGAAUACGCCGCCUCCAGAAUACGAAAGUGACGAUCCAGAGAGUGGACAGAAGUUCAAUUUUAUGCUUGGACACAGACGGUCUUCCUCUGGACCCUCCGACAUCAGCGCCUCGCUGAAUUGCAUAUCGAACAUUCCUGCCGAAAGCGAUGCAACUUCAUCGCAGAAGUCUGCUUCCGAGAGUCAGAUAUCAGCCGACGUACCACCGAUGAGCCAAGCCAAAUACCUAGCAUCAGUCCUUUUGGAUGGACUCCAACAGUCAUUCAGUUUUAAGAAUGACGAGAAUACCACCGCUGGUAAUCAGUCUGCAACAUCGAAAGAUGAUGAUAAAUCUAUUGUGCCAGUAAACUGGACUAACUUGUUAUUGCCAGGUAGGAAGCGGGCGUCAGAUCAGGCAGAUCUCUCCCAAAAGGCAACGCCCGAAAAGUUUUGGGCAGCCAGUGAUACUCAUCCCUUACUAUUGAAUGGGUCGCCGAAGACAUCCAUUGUGAAGUUUGAUGAACAGAUGACACCUGUUAAAUCAACGUCAUCACAAACACAAAACUUUCCAGAAGGAGAUAAAUAACUUUAAUGAUGAGAACUAUUUUUUUUUUUUUUGUAGGGAUUUCAGCCAUUGAAGUUGCAGCAUAAUCAUUUUCAUAAUCAUAACAAGCAGAAUUAACUUCCUUGUUUUGCAAUCAAAAAAAGAAAAUUCGAACUUUGAUGCAAAUAAAUUAUUUGCAAAAUAAUGUUUUCUGUUAAGAAAUAUAACCAAAACUAAAAAUCUAUAAGAUUUUUUAAAACAAAAUUUGUAGUAUUUUUGUAAUAUAUUCAUAUCAUGAACUGAAGAAGCGCUGUAUAAAAAUCGUCGACAAAGCACUCUGCCCAAAAUAAAAACUGAUAUACGAGGUUGGUUCCUAUACACCAAAUUUAUUAAACCACUGAAAAACUUUAUGAAUGCCAUUCAGUACAUGAUUCAGUGUUUAUGUGAGGAUAAGGAUUUAUUAUAAUUAUAUAGAAUCGUUUACUCCAUUGGCAUAAACAUUUUGAAGGCAUCAUCUGAUAUAAAAAUUAAUUUUUACACUUGAGAAAAAUAAUUUAUAAAAUUUAAAAAAAUAAAGAAUUUGUAAAAUCCAAGUAUUUUUGUAAUAUAAAUUGCAAAGAAAAUGUUCACUCUCUAACAUAAUCAAUAAUCAUAUAUUUGAAAAAAGAAUGAGAUGUUAAUUUUUAUAUAAUAAAUGCAAUAAUUAACCUAGACAAAGAUGUAAAGAAAUAGCUUUCAUUGUAAUGUUAGAUUAUUGUUUUAAUAUGGUUUAUGUCCCUACUAUUAGAUGAAGGAUGCUAACUUCAUGUUGUGUGUACAUGUAAUAUUGUUUUUUGUACAUAAAUAAAUACAGAAGCUAUUCUUGUGAUACAAAUAAUGGCAUACAUGAGCCUUAAUUAAGUAUUAAUGAUACCAUUCAUGUGUUAUUUAUUGUAUAAUGUAGAUAGAAUAAAA